AAGAGGUGUUUAUUCAAAGGUAACGCAACACACGAAGUACAGUAAGUUUUUUAGAUACCGAUGGAAACCGAAAUAUUAAGGUUUUGAAAUUUGUAUUUGGUUCAAAGUACAGAUGGAGUGUUAAAUAUCUGUACAGCGCAUAUGGCUGAAAAAACAUCCAACGAUUCAGAGGACAACGGAAAUACAUUUGAGUCUUUCCAACCGAUCGAGGAAAUUGAUAUUCACGCGCCGAUUGUUGGUUAUGAAGUGGUGGAAGCGAGAAAAAGAUUCACAGUUUAUCAGAUCUUUGUUCAACUUGGAGGCGAGCGAAAUUGGCAUGUUUUCCGAAGAUAUUCCGAUUUUGUCCGUAUGGACGAAGCAUUAAGAAAGUUAUUCACGGAUUUUCACGCUACCCUUCCGCCUAAAAAAUAUUGGGGCGAUAAUUUUGACCCUUCUUUCAUAGAAAUGAGAAAACAAGGUUUGCAAGAGUACAUCGAUAAUGUGUUAAUAAGGCAGGAAGUUAUUACCUCGCAACCGGCGGCGGAGUUCUUCUGCUUCGACGAUCCGCCCGGACCUUAUGACAGUCUUGAGGAGAGCCGAGCAUUCAUUGAAACGUUGGAAGACACAGUAACCGAUAUGAGAACCAGGCAAAGUGAACUACAAUCGGAGAUUAAGCUGGUCAAGUCACAGCUUCGCCAGUCUCAGGCUCAAAAACAAGCCUUGUUGAUAGCUUUGCGCUCCGAACGCGUUUUGAACGGAAAGCCAUCACAUGAUGACGACGAUGCGCAAUUGUUGUCGGAAUAUUCACGGCUGCCGGAGGUGGCACAACUUGACUUUAAACUCUUUUCGAGGAGUAGCUCGAGAGUUAACGGAGAACACUCAAGGCAGCAAACGAAUCGUUUGAGAUCAAGCCGGUUUCCAACUUCAACAGCAGCAAGUCAGUGGGACAUUCGAGUUGAAACCACCGAAGGGUUGGCAAAGCGAACAUCGCCUUUUACGGGCAGGCGAACCCAAUCUACUUCAGAUUUAACACAUUCACAAAAUUACAGAAAGCGAAACGUGUCACAUUUGCCUUCGAAAUCAGGCAGUCGUGGCAAUUUGACUUUGUUAGACAAAUUCAUGACACAAAGCACAGACGCAUUGCAGUUUAUAAGGGACAGUGUUCGACAGAAAUUAGGGCCAACGGAGAACACCGAAUCUACUGCCGCAACUAACAAAUGAACUGAAAGCAAUUUUCAGUUCCAGUUCAUGUUGUGCUGAAAAGCGAAACAUUUGAUGCAGAGAGAGAAUCUUUUUGAAAUCCUUAUUUAAGAAAUUUAAGGAAAAAGAAUCCAGUACGACCGGCCAAUAAAAUAAUUAUUUCGGAUAUUACUUAAUUUUCAUAGAACACAACAAAAUAUUAACAUGACCGACAGUGAGGAGAAACCGCAGAAGUUAUUUUUAAGACAUGGAGAUUUCAAUACGUAAUACGGUGUAAAGAGAUCAAUUACAUUUAUUUUAAAGAUUACAAUACUGAAAGUUCUACACGGUUCAGAACGGUUCAGAA